CUGAGUUCAGUCGCGUGCGCCAAUGUUCGCAACGGCGCGAAAAGUAAAACUAAACUUUCUGAUAAAAACGACGUCGGCAGUAGCGACCAAAUGGCUUCUGAGAGCCACAUUUCCCUCUCCGAGCUUCACCCAAACCUCCCGCAUCCGAAAGUCUUUGGGGUCAUCAUUGGAAAAACGGAUGUGAGAAGUUUCCCCGACAGAAAAAAUAUUGAGAUUGAACGAUUCACCUUUGGCUUCACCAUAAGAGACUCUGCAGAGUUCUUCAUCAACGUGUCGGCCUGGGGCGGCGAGGCGUUCGUCAGCGGACUGGCUGACAGCUUCGGCAUCGGAGACUGCGUGAUCAUUGAAAAUCCUUUAGUUUCCACCAAAGACCUGGAGAAAGGAGACAAGUUCUGCCCGGCAACGCCGAGCCACUACAGGUUGCUGCUGACGGAGACCCACUCCCAGGUGAGUGUAUGUGUCGACAGCGCCAGCGUGGAUCAGCUGCUGCCGCUGCUCCACCUGCCAGUGAAGGACAGCAGAGACUUCUACUCUCUGGCCGACAUCGUGGCCAACGGCCAGCAGCUGGACGGCACCGUCAUCAACAUCCUGGCAGCCGUCAAACUGAUUGGAGAAACGAAGCAGUUUGUCACCUCAGACGGACGCAGAGGCCAGAGGCUGGAGCUGAAGCUGUUUGAUGACUCCGUCUCAUCGUUUCCUCUCAUUAGCUGGGACCGGGAGGCCAUUCAGCUUCUGCAGAACCUGGUACCCAGAGAAACCGUUCUCUUUGUUGCCGAUGCAAAGAUGAGCUUUGACAGCUUCCGCGGCAGCAUGGUGGCGACGGUGAGCUCCAAAACCAUCAUUACCGUCAACCCUGACACGAGAGAAGCCAGCUUGUUGUUCAGCUAUGUGAAAGAACUGUCAGAGUCUGGAGCUCUGGAUCAAGACGAGGCUGUGGAGGAUCCACCUGUGUCGUCCAUCACGGCCAUGUUCACGGUGAAGCAGCUGAAGGAGAAGGCCAGGGAAAACGCCGAGCCGUUUUUCUGCCUCACCUACGGCUUCGUCUCCAAGCUGGACCUGGACUCAUCCGUGUCCAAAGUGGUCAGGACGCGCUGUGCCAGGUGCCGCUUCCUGGUGCAGCAGCAGCUGCAGCGCUGCAGCAACCCGCUGUGUCCGGGCGGGGAGCGGCCGCUGGCGGCCUGCACCGCUUUCGACCUGCUGGUGGACGUCACUGACCACACCGGCACCCUGCAGGCCUGCGGCUUGCGCGGCGCUGUGGCACAGCAGACCCUCGGCUGCACGACAGAAGAGUUUGUCGGUUUGAGCGACGGUCAGCGGACGGCGCUGAAGUGGAGGUUUCUGCUGGAACGGUGCAAAAUCUACAUGAAGAUCUUCCCCUCUGCCAGGAUGAAGAGCGGGGUGAGGGGUUCGGUCCUGGGCUGUUCGCUGGCUGACCCCGGAGAGGUGAAGCAGUGCAUGUCUGCCCUGCUGCAGGAGCAGUGAUGCAGCUGCAACUAAUUAGAAAAAUCACAGAUAAUAUUUAUUUAACUUAUUCAUCUAAAUCUAUUUAUUCUGUUA